AUGAAACUUAUUUUAUUUUCUGCGAUCUUCACUCUGAUCCAUGCCAAACUUUCUGGAAACUUCAAAAUCGCCGAUGAACUUUUUCAAAAUGUUCGGAACCUAGUGAGAAAUUCCAAAUCUCAAGAAGCUGAAAAAUAUUUCGCUUCUGAUUUUGAAGGAGUUCUCUAUGGAAAUGGUUUUAGGGAUUAUAAUUGUCCAGAAUUUUUGUAUAAGUUGUUCGAAUUCAAAGAUUCGAAGUUUUCAGAUGCAAUUCAGAUUUCCGAGGACAAAGAUGCGACAAUUGUUUUGAAUUAUGAAUUCGCUGCGCCUAACGAGCUUAUUAAAUUGACAAUUCGAUCCAAAUUUGAUGGAAAUGGUCAGAAUUUGAAGUUUGUUUCAGCGGAUUUUCAAACUUUCUUUGUGCCUCCAAAAAAUUACUGA